AUGAGCAACCAUCGUAGCAAUCGUCCUAACUCCGGCGGUGAGCAGGUGCAGGUGCCGUUCAAGCUUUGGGGUGGCCGCUACUCGAAAUCCACCGAUCACGUCCUGUCGAAGGUGAACAACUCGCUGACCGUCGACAAGCGUCUGUUCGCGGAGGACAUCGACGGGAGCAUUGCGUACGCCAAGAGUCUCGAGGAGGCCGGCCUGUUGACGGCGAGCGAGUUCAAAGUGAUCGUGUACGGGUUGGAGGAGAUCCGGAUGGACUGGAUCAACGGUACGAUCAAGCUGCUACCGCGGGACGAGGACGUGCAUACGGUCAACGAGCGGCGGCUGUUCGAGAUCAUUGGGCCGCAGAUUGCGGGCAAGCUGCACACGGGCCGCAGCCGCAACGAGCAGGUCGUGGUGGACAUGAAGCUAUGGAUGCGGGAUGCGAUCCGUAGCCUGCAGCAGCUGCUGCUCGAUCUCGUGCAGGGUAUCAGCGGUGUGUCCGAGCGCAACAUCGACGUGCUGAUGCCGGGCUACACGCAUAUGCAGCGUGCGCAACCGGUACGCUUCAGCCACUGGCUGCUCAGCUACGCGUUCUACUUCAAGGAGGAUUACGAUCGGUUCGCCGAGUUUGGCAAGCGUAUCAACGUGCUGCCGCUCGGUAGCGGUGCGCUGGCCGGCAACCCGUUCAACAUCAACCGCCAGAAACUGGCGGUCGAUCUCGGGUUCGACGGCGUAUCGUACAACAGCAUGAACGUGGUGAGCGAUCGGGACUUUGUGGCCGAGUUUAACUUCCUCUGCACGCUCGUCGCCGUCCACAUGAGCCGGCUGGCCGAAGACCUGAUCCUGUACUCGACCAAGGAGUACAACUUCGUCGAGCUGUCGGAGGAGUACACGACCGGCAGCAGCCUGAUGCCGCAGAAGCGCAACCCGGACAGUCUGGAGCUCAUCCGCGGCAUCACCGGGCCCGUGUUCGGUCAGCACUGUGCGAUCCUGAUGACUCUCAAGGGGCUCCCGUCCACCUACAACAAGGAUCUGCAGUGUGACAAAAGCGGCAUGUUCAGUGUAUACGAUCAGCUACAGAUGUGCCUGGAGUUGAUGGGUGGCAUAAUCAAAACGAUACGCGUCGACGAGGACCGCUGUCUCGGUUCGCUCGGAUACGAAAUGCUUGCCACCGAUAUGGCCUACUACCUGGUGCGCCGUGGCAUCCCAUUCCGAGAGGCGCAUCACAUCUCCGGCGAGGUGGUCGCCCACUCGGAGAAGGUCAAGAUUCCGAUCAACAAGCUCACACUGGAGGACCUGCAGGAAAUUAGCCCGCACUUCGACGAGACGAUUAGCCGCAUCUGGAACUACGAGAACAGCGUCGAGCAGUACACCGUCAUCGGCGGUACGUCCCGCAUUUCGGUGCAGGAGCAGAUUCGUGUGCUGCGGGACUUCCUCGACGGUCAAAGCAAGCUGAUCAUGCAAGAAUGAUCCACCCGACCCGACACGGGUUUCAAAUUUCAAGUGAUUUUAUUAUGUUACAACUAGUUUAGAGACAUUUAUUGCA